AUGCUAACCAAAUUUGAGACGAAGAGCAAUCGGGUGAAGAGUGUGAGCUUCCACAGCAAACGUCCUUGGGUCCUUGCCAGCCUUCACAGUGGCGGUGAGCUCAAUCCCGAGGAAGAAGACUACUUCCAGGACAGCUUCGCCGAGCUCAACCCCAAGAAAUCAUGGGACAAGAAGCUCAAGGAGGCCACUCUCAGCCUCAAAAUCUCGACCACAAAUGACAAAUUGGAAGGCCCAAAAACCUCGAGACGCCAUCAAAAUCCAAACAUGGCGGAAGACGAGAGCUGGAGCAAGUCCUCGGCCGCUUCUUCCAAGUCAUCGUCCUUCUCCAGCGAGUUCAGCGGCGGUAAGUCCAUGCUGAGGCGGAGCAGCAGCGCGAGCUAUGAUGCGGAGACCUCGAUCCAAGGGGAAGAGCGGAGUACUCACGGGAUUCUACAAUUUUUGUCUUCUUCUCGUCCUCCAUCUCGUGCCUCCCUCGACUCUCAAAGCACUCAAUCCUCAGUUCCCCACGCAGCCACUCUUCUUCCACCUCUGUGCACAUCUAUGGAGGAAGGCAAAGACGUGGAGCACUCCAUAGCAACAACCAGCUCCGUAAUGCCAUUGCCUAAAUCUCCAUCCACACAGUAUGAAGAGAAUGGGAGAGAGGAGGAGGGCUUCCACAACGCUUUGCUGGAGCUGAAAGACCUGCGGUCUCAGCUUCACCAUGCGGCAGAACAUUGUGAGCGUGCAUUUUCCUCAGCCCAGCAGAAGAAGAUGAUUUUGGAGGGGACAAAGAGCUACAUAUGUGAAGCAGUUGUGGCAAUAGUCGACCAUUUAGGAACUGUCUCAUCCAAACUUGAGCAGAGUCUCCUUGCAAAUGCUGUGGUUAAGCAGACUGAACAAAGAAUUGGUUGCUUGAAGCAGAGAAUCCUUGCUUGCCAACAAUAUGCCAUGUGUCUUGAGCUGUGUAACAUGCAAUUGGACAUCAAAUUCCCUCAACACCAUCAGCAUUUCUGUAUUGACAGGGCACAACCACUAUGUGAUAUUGCUUAA